AUGGUCACUGUUACGAACGUCCUCAGGCGAGCGAGCGCCGCGAAUUUUUUUGACAACGGCCCCUCAAGCGGCGAGUCGUCGAGAAGACCCUCAGCGGCAGACACUCAUGCCCUUCGUCGGCCCAGCCUGGCCGCCUUGUCCCUACGGCUCUCGUCAUGGUCUAAGAAGUCACAUUUAGCCAAGGGCGCUGAAACGGACACUGACUGCUCGCAACAGUUAUGGGACGCUGUUCAAUCCUUACCGGAUGAAAUCGCAGCUCAGAUCCUCUGUUAUCUCUCUGCCUCCGACUUCUUGAACCUCCGAUUGACGUCUCGCUCCGUCUACUUAUACCUGCGGUCGCACGCUGGUCCGAUCACGCGAUCUCUGCUUCUUCAAAAUGCCUACGAGCGGACAACGGACUAUGAGGGUAGCACGAGGGAAGAGAAGGCGAGAUACCUUUACGAUUACCUCCAUACAUUAUACCCUCCACCACAACCCUGCGAUUCGUUUGAUUAUCUACUCCGGAUGCUGAAAAGACAAGCCCAAGUUCAAAGAAUGCUGCAGGUAUUGAUCAACUGGAUCCAGAUGAAAGUAUAUGUUAUUCCGCAGUUCAAACGGUAUGACAAUUUCAACCUCUACAAAUUCACUCUCAUGAGACGGCUUCAUCUGGCAGCGUGGACGAUAUACCAUUUCCUUGAAAGUUACCGGUCAAUGCUUGUCACCGAGCAUCCCUGUCAUCCUAGGCUGGAGUCAACAACAACAUCUGGACAAAACCACAGCAGCAGUAUGUGCCCGUUCUGUGCAGAGUCCGUUAGAGGUCUUUUGCGCACCUACCCCAGGUCUACACUCGUCCCCGCGUAUCAUUUCUUUGAACUCUGUCUACAACACCUCCGUGCGCUAAGUCGAGCUCCUUCGGCUGGAGCGAUCAUCCGAUCUCGGAAGCCGCCCAGUGAAGCGGACCUGGUGCAGUUUGUUGUGUUCGGAGGUAUUUCCGAGCUCAGCAAGUUGAGUCUGCUCAAAGGCUCCUCAAAUCAGCGGAUCGAUGUGAUUGAGACCUUUGUGGAUAAAGUCUCUAGUGCCGCCAUACAACAGAGGAUAGGGCGGCAAGGCUUCCCAUCUUCUCGAUCACAAGUCUCUUUACGGAAUGAUACGGCUCUGUGGUCCUCCUUUGAUAAUCUUGUUGCACCUCUUGAGCCACCCCUUUCCCUCAUCCAUCACCAUACCAUAUCGGCUCUACCAGAACUCGGACACCUUAUCGUCGAUACGGAUGAGUGGGUCACCCGAAUGUACGAGCUCGUUGGACCAGAGGACCAAAUAGUCAGUGCCUGGGGAUUCAUCACGAAUAUUCUCUCAGGCAAGAGCGACGGUGCAGAAUAUUUAACGGCUGAAGAUGGGGCGGACAGUGACAUCGACUUUUUGGCGCCUGUUGAGAUUUGA